UGGUUAGAGGAGCUCACAGCAGCAGGCUGCCUCGGUGAUUUCAGUGAUGUUUCCAUCGGCAUCCGAGAUGGUUUUUGCUUGGGUGUUUCUUCCCGCCUCACCUCUACGUAUAUUUCUCGUAAUCACAAAUCUGCCUCAGAUCAUCCUGAGGCUGUUGCGCUACACAUUUCCACUGAGCUGGCUGCAUGCCAGUAUUUUGGUCCUUUCCAUCCUGAUCAUCUCGAAUCUCUUAUCGGUCCUUUUUGUACC